AUGACACCUACUUGCGAAGUGUACGGAAAGACAUUCACACUAAAGGGUAAUCUUAAAAAACACAUGAAUUUGAUGCAUAAUAAGACCACUUAUUGUAAUAAGUGCGGCAAGACAUUUUCUCAAAAGGAUCGUCUUAUAAGUCACAUUAAAGCGCAGCACGAAGACAUUGAUCACGCUUGUGUUUUAUGAGGAAAAAAAUUUAAACAUAGAAAAUAUUUAUGCAGACACGUCAAAAGUGUGCAUGAAGGCAAUACCCAAGCACGAGAACAAUACAAAUGAUCUUAAAACGUACCUAUCAAUACCGCGCCAAAUGAUGAAAUAUCGAGACAAAUAAAUAAAUUAACAAAUCAUAAAUUAACAUAUACUUAUUUAUUAUCAUAUAAUAAAUAAACAUAUCAUAAAUUUUUACUCAGUAGUGAUACUCAAAACACGACAUAUAUUAUAAUUGUCAUCGGUACAAUGUUAACUGAAACACGACAUAUAAUAUACUUAUCAUAAGUACAAUGUUAAAUACCGAUACACAAGUAAGACUGAUCGCAAACAAAAAUAACGUUUUUUCGAAGUGGAGAUGUGCCGCGAGGUGCAAAACUCAAAAUUGCAUAAAAAGGCAUUUUUUGUAUAUUAGGAUAUACGGAUGUCGCUAAAAAAGUAUACAGCACUCCAUCAGCACCAAAACAAUGCUAUGUAAAAUUUUCAGAUUGAUUGGUUUAUCCCUGCAUGAGUUAUCGCAGUUAGAGUAAAACAUCGAAAAUUAGCAAUAUCGAAUGUGUACGACUUUGCUGCGCUCAGCAUCAAUUAUUAAAUCAAAUCAAACUGAACUCCAAGAGAAAAAAUUUCUAGUCUUACUUGCGCAAUUAUGCUUCUUGUAUCAUUAUUUGUAUCAUUAUUUUUACGUUGCCACUUGCAGAUUUGCAGUUUAAGAUAUUCGCCACCUUAAGAAAGCGAGCGAAGAAAUUAUUAUGUCAACGUAUAGACCAUCACUGGGACUGGUAUAAAAAGUCCGGGCAGAAAGUUCAAAGCCAUCAGUUCGAUCAUAGAUACGCGCGCUACUACACACCAUAUCAAAAUGCUGAAGCACAUCUUCGUCCUACUGGCCGUGGCCGCUCUCUCCAUGAGCGUGAUCGCCGCUCCACCCCAAGCAUCCAGCAGCAGCAGCACGACCCAGGCGAGCACCACCGGUGCCGCCGCCGCCGACGAGACGACGAUCGUCCCAACGGAAACGUCGUCCACCGAAGGUCCGGAGUCCGUCGAAUCCGAGAUCCUCGGCCUGGCCGAGAUCCUGUCCGGGGCCGCGAGCGUGACCUUGCAGCAGGAGCGCGAGUCCAUCCAGCGGGCCAUCAAGUACCUGCAGGACGCGCUGCGCUCGAGCAUGAAGGCCACGAGGAACGUCAUCCGCGCGGGUGGCAAUUUUCUCGUCAUCGUGCCCAAGUGGGGCUACAACACCAUCCUCAACAAGGAGCCGAUCCACAAGCGUCCCUGGUAUGAGCGUCUCUCGGAGUCGGACUCGGGACCCAAUCCCAUUACCGUAGCCGCUAUCACAGCCGCCGCCGCCGAAGCCGAGAGACUAGAGGCCCAACUCGCUGCUGCCGCUGCAGCCACUGCCGCUGCCGCCGGAAACGCGUCGGCUUCGGCCGCUGUCGAUGUCUCCGUUGCAGGAUCCGUUGAAGGAUCCGCUGGUGCCGCCGCUGGUGGCAGUGCUUCCGUCGGUGUCGGUUCCGUCGGCGUGUCCGUCGGUGGCUCGGCUGCCGUCAGACCGACCGGCUCGAGCACCAGGAAGUACGACUUUCUGUACCACGACUGAAACUUAAGCCUGUAAUCUCGUAU